AUGUUCGCAACUCCCAGCGCACCGUCGUGUUCUUCGUCGACGUCAAAAGUCUUCCUGUCCAGCCGAAGUAAAACCGGGUGGGCUUCUGUUUUGAAAUCAUCGUCGUCGUCAAAAUCGAUCGCAGAUAAGAGGACGAAGACGUUCCGAAAAUCAUCGUCGUCGUCGUCCUCUCCCUCUCGCGUUGUGGUUCGAGCGUCGUCGGAACAACCGAAAGACCCGCUUUUGGUCCGUGCAGCUCGAGGCGAGAAGACCGAACGCCCCCCCGCGUGGAUGAUGCGUCAAGCCGGGAGGUACAUGAAAGUCUACCGCGACUUGGCGGAGAAAACGCCAUCGUUUCGCGAGCGCUCGGAGACGACGGAUUUGAUCGUCGACAUUACUUUACAACCGUGGAGAGCGUUCCAGCCGGAUGGGGUGAUUUUGUUUUCAGAUAUUUUAACGCCGCUACCGGCGAUUGGGAUUCCGUUCGAAAUCGACGAUUACAAAGGGCCUUUGCUGGAUAAAACGAUUCGAUCGGAGGAGGACUUGAAGAUGAUGCACUCGAUGGAUUAUAGCAAAGUUCCUUUUAUCGAGGAGUCGUUGAAAAUUUUACGCAGCGAAGUCGGCGACACGGCGACGUUGUUGGGGUUUGUCGGCGCGCCGUGGACGUUGUGCACGUACAUCGUGGAAGGACAGUCUUCGAGCACGUAUAAGACGAUUAAAUCGAUGGCGUUUAGUAACCCGACGUUGUUGAAGAAGUUGCUGUCGAACGUGGCGGAUUGCAUCGGGGAAUACGUGAUUCAUCAAAUUAACUCGGGGGCGCAGUGCGUGCAGAUUUUUGAUAGUUGGGGUGGGCAGUUGCCGCCGCACAUGUGGGAGGAGUGGUCGAAGCCGUACAUACAGCAAGUGAUUGCAAAGGCGCGGUCGAAGUACCCGAACGUGCCGUUGACGUUGUACGCGAACGGGAACGGCGGGUUGUUAGAGAGGAUGGCGUUGUUAGAUAUCGAUUGCAUAGGUUUGGAUUGGACGAUUGAUAUGGCGGACGGUAGAAAGAGGAUUAAUUCCGUGCAGGAGAAGGCGGUGCAAGGGAACGUGGAUCCAGUAGUUUUGUUUGCCAGCGAAGACGCGGUUGAGGAGGCAGUGAGAACGGUGUGUAAGAAAGCCGGGCCGAAAGGGCACGUGUUGAAUUUAGGCCACGGGGUGUUAGUCGGGACGCCGGAGGAGAAGGUGAAACACUUCUUCGACGUGUCGAAAACGAUCAAGUACGAUUAA